AUGCGGUUUCUUUGCCUGCAUGGUUACGCGACAUGCGUUGAUGUUCUAAAAGAAAUGAUGGAACCAAUAAUAGAGCAUCUGCCGAGUCACUGGGAAUACGAGUAUUUGGAAGCAGACAUGGAGUGCUCUAAACUUAUGAUUCCCACCAUGGAUCAAAUCCCCCCACCAAACUACUCCUGGCACAACUAUCCAUAUCCACAGGACGUUCAUAAUGCCCACGAGCGUAUAGUCUCGUUUGUGGAAUCUGAAGGGCCGUUUGAUGGAAUUUGGGGUUUCUCCCAGGGCGGCGCUAUGGCUGCCUUGAUGCUCCUCAUGCACCAGAAAUUAAACCCCGAUGGCCAAGAUUGGCCUUUCAAAAUGGCCAUAUUCAACUCUGCAUUUUUACCUUAUCGUCUCGAUUCCGGUUUGAUCACAUGGGAUGUGAAGCAAAAGGAUGAGCUGCAGGGCACAUACGAGCCAGGUGAAUUUGAUGCCUCGGGCGGCAGGGAGGUUGACUGGAUGAAAGAUCCUCAUACAACACUGGACUACUUGAUGAUCAAGAGAGUACAGCAAGACUUCAAGUUCCCGGCCCAGCUUCUUCUUAAGUACCAGCCCGAAGAUGUACCCGAAAAUUUGACCAUACCCUCUGUUCAUGUGUGGGGAGUAAAAGACGAAUACUUUUUUGUCGACGACUCUUUGUCGAAGAUGUUUGGUCCUGAUGCAUCCAAGAUGACGCAUCGUGGUGGCCACCACUUUCCCCGGUUUCCUGACGAGCUGGUACAUUUUGCCGAAUUGAUAAUCGAGACAGCUUCUACUCUUCCUUAG